CUUCACGAUAUCAAUUCACCACUAUCCCAUUCUCUUCUCGUGUAUUUAAUUAUGGACAAGAAAAAGUACGUGGUGUGAAUCUUGGAGGAUGCUGUAGAGUGAAUGCUCUUAAAUGGAUUACGCCAAGCCUUUUCGAACAAUUCGUUGGUGCCCCACAAGAAGCUGUAGAUGAAUACACGUUCACGCAGGUUUUGGGUCAUGACGAGGCCAAACGACAACUUCAAAAGCAUUGGUCGACAUGGGUCACUGAAAAAGAUAUAGAAACAUUAGCUUCUUAUGGAUUAAAUCAUCUGAGAAUACCCGUCGGUUAUUGGGCCUUUGAUAAGACGCCAGAGGAACCGUUUGUCAAGGGUGCUUUCAAAUAUUUGCAGAAAGCAGUCAGGUGGGCCAAGAAAUAUAAUUUAAAAGUUAUUCUCGAUUUACAUGGUGCACCGGGCUCCCAGAAUGGAUUCGACAAUAGCGGUAGGCGAGGUCCUGUCGGAUGGCAAACCAGUUCAGCGGAUAAUAUCCCACGUACCAUUAAAGCCGUUAAAAUUAUGACCGAAAAGUUUAAUAGCCCAGAAUUCAAAAAUACUGUUACCGCCAUCAACGUUCUUAAUGAGCCCGCCAGGCAAGUAGCUUAUCAUUCCUCUCUCUCAAAUUUAAAUAUAAAAAAUAAAAUAAAAAAUGUUAAUUUGUUUGUUAUCAUUUUGUAUAAUAGUUGGGGUGGUAACCAACUUAAUUUAACACAAAAAUUUUAUAAAGAUUCAUACAAAGUUAUUCGUCAUUUGAACAGUGAUAUUUUAGUUGUAUUUCAUACAGUAUUUUUACCUUUAAAAGCAUGGCAAACCUUCCUAAAUUCUUCAGAGUUCGAUCGAGUUGUGUUAGAUACUCAUAGUUAUGCAGUUUUUGACUACUCUUUAUUGGCUUUGAAUCCAGAACAGCGACUAUUGAAUUUUUCCUGUUCAAAUAAAGCAGACAUUACUUCUAAUCAAGGCAUUUGGACAUUGGUUGGAGAAUGGAGCCUUGCUAUAACCGAUUGCACAAAAUGGUUAAAUGGCUUUGGCCGUGGUGCUAGAUAUGAUGGAACUUAUGACAAAAAUCGUGGUCCUAUUUGUCCUAACUGCACGUGUCAAGGUGAAGGUAAUUAUUCGAAUUGGACGAAUGAUUAUAAAAAUUAUCUGAAACAAUAUGCGUCAGCUCAAAUGGAUGCUUAUGAAGCUGGUAUUGGUUGGAUUUUUUGGAAUUUUAAAGCAGAAAAUUCACCUCAUUGGGAUUUUAUGCUUGGAAUCAGAGAAGGUUGGAUCCCACGUACACCUGAGGAACGAGCAUAUACUUUAACCUUUUUAAAUAAAUUAUAUGUUGAUAAAAUGGAAUUAGACAAUAAUAUAUCAUCAAAUGUUUAUACAACUUCAAAAAAUGAAGAAAAGAAUGAAAAAUUAGUUCCAAAAUUUUGGGUCGAUAAAUAUAAAAAAGAAGCUUCAAAGAAUUGGGAUUUAUUUUAUAAAAGAAAUACCACUAAAUUUUUUAAAAAUCGUAAUUGGAUUGGACGUGAGUUUCCAGAACUUUCAUUUGAGAGUGAUCUCAAGCAAGAACGAAAAGUCAUCUUAGAAUUAGGUUGUGGAGUAGGAAACUUUAUGUUUCCGGUUUUAGAAUCAAAUCCUAAUUUCUUUAUUUACGGCUGUGAUUUUUCAAAACGUGCUAUCGAAUUCAAUCAUGAACAGUAUGAUAAUUCAAGAUGUCAUGCUUUUGUUUGCGAUUUAACAACUGAUAAUUUGAAAGACAAUAUACCAUCAGGAAAUAUAGACGUUGUUUCAUUAAUAUUUAUAUUGUCAGCUAUACCACCAGAAAAUCAUUACACUGUAAUUCGUAAUAUAUCAGAGGUUACAAAAAAAGGAUCAAUAAUAUGUUUUCGUGACUAUGCAAAAAAUGAUGAAACUGAAAUUAGAUUUUCAAGUAUAACAGCUCAGCAUAAAUUACAAGAAAAUUUAUACGUUAGACAAGAUGGAACAAUGUCUUAUUUUUUUACUCUUGAAUAUUUAAAGGAAAUAUUUGAAAAAAAUGGUUUCUUUGAAUUUUUUGACGGUGGUUAUGUCGCAAGAGAAACUGUUAAUAGAGCGAAGGAUUUAUGUGUUGAUAGGAAAUUUCUUCAGGCGAGAUUUAGGAGAUUGUGA